GGCACUAUCACAAUCAGAAGUCACACCUGUCAGGUGUGGUGUGAAGAAUCACCUGUUUGUCACUACCCAGCACUGUAAACAUGAAGACGGUUGUGGCUCUCUGUGUUGUGUUGGUGCUCUGCUAUCACGUCGAGGGAGCGGCACCUGGGACGCACUGCACUAGUUCCCACACCUGCGGCAGCUGUUGCAGGGACAGCAACGACAAGGUCAUUUCAACAGACCAGGGCAAUGGACCAUUUGGCGGAUUCGGUGGGUUUGGAACGCUUGGAGGUACGCGUAAUGGCACGUGCAGCACCAAGAAAUCUGUGAAGGGGGAGAUAUGUGACAGCUCGUGCCAGUGUGACACAGGCCUGUCCUGCUAUCGGCCAAUGACUGGAGCCUGUUGCCCACCGUCCACGUGUGUUGAUGAGGCCUACGCCAAGAAACAACACGAAUAUUGGUCUAACUGUUUCGCCAGCCCGAACUGUGCUCUUCCAGCAUAAACGAUGCCUUCCUUACUGGGAAUAAAUAUUACCUAUGUAUGACAAUAAAAAAAGCACGCU